CUUCUCUUAAUCACUUAUUGCAGCAGAUAAAUUUAUCUAUGCAGAAACUAUAGUAUUAGGAUUAUUUAUUGCAGUAUUAUUCUCUCUUCUGUGAUUUGGAAGUUGUAGAAGUAGUUGGGAGAUAUGUUAAGAUAGAAUAUUGAAAGGUUCCUUUUUUUGUCUCCUUCUGUUUUAUGACCUUCUUUUCCGCUUAAAUAUUAAUGGAAAAUAAAAUUAACUUUGUCUAUGACCUACUUGGCUGAGGAGCAAAUACUCCGGGAUGAUAUCAGGUUUGGUGGAAAAGCCCAAACAGCUUUUCAUGAAAGAUAUCAGGGAGAAAAUCAUAAACAAGAUAAACAAGACCAUAGAGGUACACAGAAAAAAUGAUGCUCCAACUGUAGGGAGUGGUGUGCUUGGAAGGCUGCUAGAGGAAGAAAGUCUACCAGAUGAUGCUGUAGUAGAUUUCAUCAUCAAUCUUCUCUUUGCCGGGAGUGAAACCACGACGAAAACAAUGCUUUUUGCUGUUUAUUUCCUUACUCAGUGUCCUCAAGCCAUGAAGCAGCUUCUGGUUACAGGCAGGAGAGACAGAGCCAAGCCUCUGCCAUUCAAGAUGGAUUCUAGCGGCCCAUGGGGCUUUACCGGAGCUAAUGAAGGGAACCCAAGAAUCAGUUCCAAGUUUGUUGCACCAUGUUAUUAUAUGAACAAGUUGGAGGAAAAAUUUCCAUUUCAGAGUCAGAAAACCAAGUUCUUCGCCAGCAAGCAUUGGCUGUAUCACUGACCGGAAAAGCUUUGUGCCUAGAAGAAGAGCAACCCUAAGUGCCUUAUAAGAAAAUCUUGCUCAUACCUGUUUUUCAAUAAUUAAGUUACCAUAAGAUAACAGCAACAGAAAAUAAUAGUGCCAAAGAUUGUAAAUAAACAAAUCGAAAUAAAUCCUUGUAGCAGCAAAAGAAAAAUAUAUCCUAAUAUUUCAAUCAUAGUUUGGUUAGUAGAACAUCAGUAUGUGGAUAGUUACAUGGUUCAUUUCAACACAUUCUUCGCUACUUUUUAUGAACAAAUUACAAGUAUUCUUUUAUAGAGUAUUCAGUAUACAUAGGCAGGUAAAUAAGAGAACCAAUACAACUAUGAUUACUCUGUCUAGUUAAUGUAUGAAUUACAAAAAU